AUGAACGGCAUCAACGCCAACGGCGGCAUCCUGUCGUACGGGAACAUGGAGGGCUACGCGAUGUGGGUGGCCACCGGCGUGGCGUCGGCCUUCUUCGCGUCCCUGGAGCGCUGCUCCUGCAUCCACCUCCACACCGCGGAGGACGACGGCGACUACGAGGACGAGGAGGACCUCGAGGAGGCCAACCGCUCCUUCUCCCGCCCGCCGCAGGCGAUCCCCGAGUACUACUACGACCGGUCCGGAUCCUCCGCCUCCUUCGCCACCGCCAAGAUGUGA